AUGGGCCUUACAGGUGCCCCAGCAGGACAAACUAUCUCUAUUCCAAACGUGAACGAACGCUUCAUCUCAGAAGCUCGGUGCGGAACUUACAUUUUAUUCCAGAAUUAUCAGUAUAUGCGGAGAAAAAUAAUGUUAAGGAAAAACAAGAGGUUGAUUUUUAAAUACUUUCUUAAUCUCAUUAAUGGAGCUUUCUUGGUUCUGGGACUUUUACUCAUGGGAUUUGGUACAUGGCUUUUAUUAGAUGGAAAUAAUUUUUUCACAGCUUUGGAUGAAAAUAAUCACUUGACAGUGUAUAUUUUUCGAAUUUUGAUUGGAACUGGAUCUGCUAUUCUUCUUCUUUGUCUCUUGGGUUAUUUGGGAAUUCACAAUGAGAUCAGGUGGCUCCUAAUUCUGUAUGCAGUAUUGUUAAUGUGGGCUGUUGGUGUUCAGGUUGUACUUUCAACACUCAUCUUUGCAAAGAAAGAAGAGGUUCACCAAGCAUGGCAUAAUAAAAUUGAUUCCAUCAUUUCUGAGUAUGGAUCUGAGGAUUUUCCUCAAGAUAUACCCAAGUGGAUGAUUCUGAAUGCUCUGCAGAAAACAUUGCAGUGUUGUGGCCGAAAAAAUUACACAGAUUGGACCAAGAAUAAGAAUAAAGAAAAUUCAGAACAGGUGCCAUGUUCUUGCACAAAUUCUACAUUAAGAAAGUGGUUUUGUGAUGAGCCACUGAAUGCAACAUACCUACAGGGUUGUGAAAAUAAAAUCAACACAUGGUAUCAUGCUAAUGCUUUGACAUUAAUUGGAAUUAACUUUGGACUUUUGGUUUCAGAGGUUUUGCAAUUCUCAUUAACUAUUUCUUUCUUCAGACACAUCAAGAAUAGAAUAUAUGCAGAAAAGUGA